AUGUCCGUCAACACCGUUCCCUACCCAUUCCAGUUCGACUCCGCUGCACCCACCGGGCCUCAAGACGGAACCAUCGCCAACAUCGAUAUCAGGAUCAAGAAUACCCGCGGAAAGAUUCCUUCUCUCCAGGCUGCACGCCUCAGAACAAUGAUGUUGGAGGCUCGCGAUGACCCCACCAAGAUCCUGGCCCAUGCCUGCACGUACGAUGGCCUGUCCUCUCGCCUUGUGGAGGAAGCGGGCUUUCCCAUGGUUUUCCUUGCAGGUUAUGCUGUGGCAAGCUCAUACGGUCUACCUGACACUGGAUACAUCGCUAUGGCAGAGAUGUGUGACAAGAUUCAGGAGGCUGUUCGUCAAGUCUCGGUUCCUGUUAUGGCGGAUGGGGAUACUGGAUACGGAAGUCCGAUGAACGUCAAGAGAACGGUUGAAAGCUUUGCUGCGGCGGGUGCAGCUGGUGUUAUGAUCGAGGACCAGCGCUGGCCAAAGAGAUGUGGACAUACCAAGGGCAAGGACGUUGUUUCCCGUGAGGAGGCAUAUGCCCGUAUCAAGGCUGCUGUCGACGCCCGUAAUGAAGGGAGAGAUAUUUUUAUUCUUGCUCGAACCGAUGCGCUGAUGUACGGCUGGGACGAAGCUAUGACCCGCGCGAAGGAAUUCAUGCGCAUCGGUGUGGAUGCGAUCUUUGUCGAGGCUCUACCUGAUCGAGAAGCGAUGAAGCGUUGCGUUAAGGAAAUCAGCUGCCCUGUCUUUGCCAAUAUUAUAGAGGGAGGCAAAACAGAAAACAUUUCGGCGAAAGAACUUGCUGAGCUCGGAUACAGCGCCGUCGCGUAUCCCUGGACAUUGGUUGCUGCUCACCUAAAGAGCGUUCGAGAGGCUUUGGACGGAUUGAAGAGAAGUAUGACGGUCGGAGCACCACCAAUGAUUCUUACCUACGAUGAGGUCUGCGAGGGUGUUGGUUUCAACAAGUACUGGGACCGAGAGGAGAAGUAUAGAUUCAACUAG